GCAACUGGGCACACUGAUGAUGUGUUUCGGUUAUGUGUGUGAGUGAUGUCUCCGCCAUUGAAUUUCAUUUUAACUGAGAAUUGAAAUAGGUUGUGCCUUUUAAAAUCGGAAAAAAUCAUAACGAUCCUACUUCUAUAAUUAAAUAAACUUAGACAUAUUCCGUGCACAAACAUUAUAUCCGAUGGCAGACAGAGACACAGAUGAGUUAAACAUUGAUAACGUAAUAAAAAAAUUACUAAAAGUCCGAGGCGAAAAGCCUGGCAUGAAUGUACAGUUAACGGAAGUGGAAAUAAAAGGGCUAUGCUUGAAAUCUCGAGAAAUAUUCCUCUCACAACCUAUAUUACUUGAACUAGAAGCACCACUGAAAAUAUGCGGUGACAUCCACGGACAGUACUACGACCUCCUGCGACUGUUCGAGUACGGCGGUUUCCCGCCGGAGUCGAAUUAUCUGUUCCUCGGCGACUACGUGGACCGCGGGAAGCAGUCGCUCGAAACGAUAUGCCUGCUGCUCGCUUAUAAAAUUAAGUAUCCGGAGAACUUCUUCCUGCUGAGAGGGAACCACGAGUGCGCCAGCAUUAAUAGGAUUUAUGGGUUCUACGACGAGUGCAAGAGAAGGUAUAACAUAAAGUUAUGGAAGACAUUCACAGACUGCUUUAACUGCCUGCCCGUUGCGGCGAUCGUGGACGAGAAGAUAUUCUGCUGCCACGGCGGCCUCUCGCCCGACCUGCAGGCGAUGGAGCAGAUCCGCCGCAUCAUGCGGCCGACCGACGUGCCCGACCAGGGGCUGCUCUGCGACCUGCUCUGGUCCGACCCCGACAAGGACGUCACCGGCUGGGGCGAGAACGAUCGCGGCGUGAGCUUCACCUUCGGCACCGAGGUAACACGCACACACGCAUACACACACACACACCAAAAAAAUCUGAGAAAAAUCCCCAAGUAAAGAUGAUAUAAUGUU